AUGUGGGGAGGGGAGGUGGGGGUUAUGCAGGCGAGGCAGGGUAUGGUGGAGGUUGUGGUGGUGACUCCAACCCCAUUCCGCUGGAGUAAAACCGGCCUCUUCAGAUUCGGGGCCGCGCUCCUCCGUGGACUUAACCCGACCAUCCACCCCUCUGGGGUACACCAGUACGUAGAGAACUGGCUGCAGAACAUCGCCCUGGAGUCCAUCCCCUAUGUCCCCUACAUGGAGGAGGGAGGCCAGGACACAGAAGAGACUGAACCCAGGACCAAGGUAAACAUGGAGGACGAAGGCCAGGACACUGGGGAGGCUGAACCCAGGACCAAGGUAAACAUGGAGGACGAAGGCCAGGACACUGGGGAGGCUGGAACCCAGGACCAAGGUAAAACCUGGAUCAUGGGUCUCGACCCCGCCCUGUGCAACUGGAUCCUGGACUUCCUGAUGGGCCGCCACCCAGGUGGUGAGGCGCUGCAGUACAGCGCCCUUAACCACUGCACCACCGGGAGGCCCGAGAGCAUCCUGUCAGGUUGUAUCACCGCCUGCCAUGAGUUUGCCCGGGGCCUAGUUGAGGUCCAGGAAGAAGUGAAGGAGGAGGGGGUGGGGCAUGUUGCCAUGAGGAACCUGUUCUCCCUGGAGACCAGCUCCCUGGAGACCAGCUCCAUGAAGACGAUUACCGUGGAGAAGAAGAGCAGGAAGAGGCACAUUAGAGAGUCAGCUGACCGCCUGGAGCUCAGCAAGAAGGUUGAGGAGAGAGCAGAGUUCCGUAAGAAGCAGAACAGUGACAACCUGACCCAUCCACCUGAGUUCAUAGUUCGUCCCCGAGGACAGACUGUCUGGGAGGGCAAGACUGUCAAGCUGCACUGCACCGUGUCUGGAUGGCCUAAACCACGUAUUGCAUGGUAUAAGAACAAUGUGGUGAUAGAUGAGAAGGCCCAUCCUGACAAAUACACAGCAGAGUAACACUACAACAUGCACUCCUCUGGUAAUCAAGAUGCAACACACACUGUUAAACACUACCAGCCUGAUGUCCUCUGGUACAGAGAUGGCAAGGCCCUGGCAGAGUCCAAGUGGGUCCACACCCACUGGAGUGGAGAGAAAGCCACCCUGACACUGGUCCAUCUUAACAAGGAGGAUGAAGGACUCUACACCCUGAGAGUUAACACCAAGUCUGGCUUCCAGUCCUACUCCGCUUACGUCUUCGUCAGAGAUGAAGAGGUGGAGUUGGAAGGUGUUCCAGUUGCGCCCCUGGACGUACGUUGCCAUGACGCCAACAAGGACUACGUUGUGGUGACAUGGAAACAGCCGGCGGUGGAGGGAAGCAGCUCCAUCUUGGGAUACUUCAUUGAUAGGUGUGAGGUGGGCCACCACCACUGGGCUCAGUGUAACGACACCCCUGUGAAGUACGCCCGUUUCCCGGUAACAGGGCUGAUUGAGGGGAGGAGCUAUACCUUCCGGGUCAGAGCCAUCAACCGGGCUGGGGUCAGCCGACCUUCUAGAGCCUCUGAUCCCGUUACUGCCAUAGACCCCCACGACAGGGCUCGCCAUCGAGCUGGUCCCUCUGCUCCCUUCACCGGAAUGAUCAAGUUCACUGAGGAAGACGCUACAGUGGGCGUGGUACCAGGUGAGCCCACCGACCUGGUGGUUACCGAGGCAACGAAGAACUACGUGGUUCUGGCCUGGUCUCCGCCCGCUCAAAGAGGUCAUGAAGGGGUUGUGUACCUCGUAGAGAAGUGUGUUGCUGGUAGUGAGUGCUGGCAGAGGGCCAACACAGGGAUGCCCGUCAAGUCUCCUCGCUUCGCGCUGUUUGAUCUGGCAGAGGGGAAGAGCUACAGCUUCAGAGUCCGCUGCUGUAACUCUGCUGGGAUGUCUGAGGCCUCCUCUGCUACUGGAGAUAUCACUGUAGGAGACAUGCUGGACCUGCCUGCGGCCCCUGGCCCAGCCGUAGCCACUAGGAACACAGAUACAUCAGUCGUUGUUUCCUGGGGGGCGUCUAAGGAUGUAAAACACCUGGUGGGAUAUUACAUCAACUAUACUGUGGCGGGCAGUGAUGUCUGGACACCCGCAAACAACAAGCCUGUGAAAGGAACCAGGUUUGUGUGCCACGGUCUGAACACAGGAGACUCGUGUGUGUUCCAUGUGAAGGCGGUGAACGCAGCAGGGUACAGUCACAGCUCUUUGGAGUCAGAGGCCGUGCUUGUCAAGGCUGGCAUCGCCAUCCCUGGUGUCCCCAGUGGAGUCCACCUGAUGGAGGCAGCUCGUGACUACAUGGUGUUAGCCUGGAGGGAGCCGGCGGUGACCGGGGGAGCUGACAUCAGAGGAUACUUUGUGGACUACAGGACAGUAAAGGGUGGAGUUGGAGGACAGUGGCAUGAACUCAACCCCAAGGCUGUCACCUGUACUUCCUAUAAGGCAGAGAACCUGAAGGAGAACUUGUUCUACCAGUUCCAAGUGCGAGCCAUCAACAUGGCCGGGGUCAGCGAGGCCUUGCCCAGCGCAGCUCUGGAGUGUAAAGAAUGGACCAUUGCUAAGCCAGGUGCUCCUCAUGGUCUCCAUGUGUUGGAGGUGCGUGACAGUUCCCUGGUGUUGCUGUGGGAACCUCCUACCUUCGAAGGCCGUACUCCUGUAUACGGCUUCUAUGUGGACAUCAAGGAGGCUGUGGCAGGGGAGGACUGGAAGGGAGUACAUGAGAAGGCCACCAAGCUGAAGUACAUGAAGGUCAAUGGUCUGAUUGCAGGCAGGUCCUAUGUGUUCAGGGUGCGUGCUCAGAACCUGGCUGGAGUGGGAAAGACUUCUGCUGUGUUAGGACCUGUUCUGGCUCUAACCAUGCCUGGUACUCAUGAGAUAAUACUGGAUGUGGAUGAUGAUGGUGUGAUCUCCAUGAUCUUUGAGUGUUCUGAGAUGGCCGAGGGGUCAGAGUUCAUCUGGUCUAAGAACUACAAGACUCUGACAGACACCUCCAGACUCACCAUCGUCACAGAGGGGGGCAAGUCCAGAGCAAUCUUUAAUGCUCCCAGUCUGGAGGACCUUGGGAUCUUCUCCUGUGAGGUUACCAACACUGUUGGAGUCUCAGCCAGCUACACUCUAACGGAGGCUGGUCUGAAGCGUCUCCUGGACAUCAGCCACGAGCACAAGUUCCCCAUCAUUCCCUUCAAGACUCAGAUGGCCAUGGAGCUCCUGGAGAAGGGUCGUGUGAGGUUCUGGACCCAGGUUGAGAAGUUCACCACUGGCUGCCAUGUGGACUAUGUCUUUAACGAUGCGAUCGUAGAGAACGGAGAGAAAUACCAAAUGAACUUUGACAAGAACUCAGGCAUCAUUGAGAUGUUCAUGGACUCUCUCGCGGUCACAGACGAGGGAACAUUCACCUUUAACCUCGUGGACGGGAAGGCCAAGGGGUCCACCAGCCUGGUGCUGAUUGGAGAAGAGUUCAGAGAGCUCCAGAAAAAGUCUGAGUUUGAACAUGCUGAAUGGAUCAGAAGACAAGGUCCUCACUUCGUGGACUAUCUUGGUUUCCAGGUCACCCCAGAAUGCAACGUGCUGCUGAAGGCCACGAUAGGAAACAUCAGGCCAGAGACAGAGAUCAGAUGGUACAAAGACGGACUGGAGAUUGAAGAGGAUGAUGCUGAUUACAAGAAGGUCGAGAUGAAGGACGAGGUGUUGAUCUUCAACAUCGGAAAGUUGUCCAAAAAGGAUGCGGGUGUGUACGAGGUGAAGCUAAAGGAUGCCAGAGGAAAAGACAAGAGCAUGUUCAACCUGACUGAAGCAGGUUACCAAACUGUGCUAAACGAACUGUUCAGGGUGAUUGCCAACUCAUCAACUGAGAUCAGUGUGAAGAGCACAGAACAUGGUAUCGUCCUCUACUCCUUGAUCACCUAUCACAUGGAGGACCUCCAAGUCGGCUGGCUGCACAAGGAAGCAAAGAUCGCCCACUCUGACAGAGUCCAGUGUGGAGUGACCGGGGAGCAGCUGUGGCUCAAGGUGAAUGAGCCCACAGAGAAAGAUAAGGGCAAAUACACAAUAAAUAUCUGUGACGGCAAGGACGGGGUUAAGAGGUUCUGUGACCUGUCUGGACAAGCCUGGGAGGAAGCCUUCGUAGAGUUCCAGAGGCUGAAGGCUGCUGCCAUUGCAGAGAGAAACCGUGCCCGGGUUGUGGGAGGUCUGCCAGAUGUGGUCACUAUCCAGGAGGGCAAGUCUCUGAACCUGACAGGCAACGUGUGGGGUGACCCUGCACCCGAGGUCACCUGGAUGAAGAACGACAGAGAGCUGGUGUCUGACGAACGCUACGCCCUCAAGUUUGAACACGGCAAGUUCGCCAGCAUCACCAUCGCGGCGGUAACCACGACCGACUCAGGGAAGUACGCACUCCUGGUGAAGAACAAGUAUGGAACUGAGGCAGGAGAGUUCACUGUGUCCGUCUACAUCCCAGAGGAAGAGAAGAAGAAAGAGUAGAUGGGUUGGAGGGAUGGAGUUGGAAUGGGAGGAAUAGUUAUAAUAGGCUGAAGGAUGACAGGGCGAUCUCCAAAGCUCUUUACCCCAGUGCAUGAUGGUAAACAGAGAACAGGAGAUAAAGAUUUGGUGCGUAUUCUUCCAGUGCACCAUGUCUAUACUGAUGUGUUGAAUCUAAAUGAUGAACCUGGAAAGAAUCAUGGAUUGCUCUCCAUCUGUCUCUGUCAGCACUGGGAUAAACAGCUGGGAGUUUCACCCUUCAGAAGGAUAAUAGUGUCAUACUCUACUGUUGUUGUUGCUUGGUUUGUCGUCUGUGUUUGUAGAUGUAAGGAUGUUUGGUCCAACCAGGAGAUGGUUGACUUCUCUGUCUGCUGCUUUCAGCUGUUACUCUCUUACCUGCUACAACAUUACUGUGGGUUAAACUUUAGAAAUACAUUGUACUAAAAUUUGAACUCUGACUGGAACUUGCCAAAAUGUAGAAGUGUUAGACAACCACAACAUAUUACAGCAGAGGUCAGAGAUCAGAGGAGACUGGAGGGUUGAGGAAGUAAAGGCCCAGCAGGCAGUAUGUGUAGGCAUCCCAAAUGGCCCCCUAUACCCCAAGGGCCCUGGUCAAGUAGUGCACUGUAUAGGGAAUGGGGAGCCAUUGGGACGCCUUCUCAUUGUGUUUCUGUAUAGCCCUGUAUCUUUAGUGUGUUUAUGUGAGCCGAGCCUGAAACUGGUUCUGUCUGUCUGACACACAGCAUCAGGCCUGGACACAUAACACACUGACACAAUGGUGCGCACACGCGCACACACACAAACACACACACACACACACACACACACACACACACACACACACACACACACACACACACACACACACACACACACACAAGCUUACUUCUGGGGGCAUUUACUCCCAGUUUGUCCAUAGAAUCAGAUUUGUAUAGGCUGACAUGACACUAUACAAUAUACAUUGUGUUCUGACAUGACACUAUACAAUAUGCAUUGUGUUCUGACAUGACACUAUACAAUAUGCAUUGUGUUCUAACAUGACACUAUACAAUAUACAUUGUGUUCUAACAUGACACUAUACAAUAUGCAUUGUGUUCUGACAUGACACUAAAGAAAGGAAGACAAAGUAGGAAGCUAAAGAAGGUGACAGAAUGAUGUCAAAGAUCGCUGUGAGAGCUACCUUAUAAAAGGUGUUUUGUGUUCAUUGAAAAUAAUAACCUACUGUCCUCCUCAUGACCCUUGUCCCUGUGUUAAUAAAGGAUCUUACUCACUGUC